AUGGAGAACACUUGUGAUAAAUUAAAACGUACCACCCCAAAGGAUUUAUUGGAAAGUCGAGGUGGGAACGCAAGCAAUCGACCUAGGGCGGAGCUAAUUGCGGAAUUGACCGAGAUGGAUCAAUGCUUCACCAUGGCAGACGCUCCGACGACAGCUGGUGAUGAAAAGACUAGGAUAGUUCGGGAGAGAUUCGCUUUCUUAGGGCCAAAUUCUUCUAUAGAACUGGUACAGCAAACGCUAGCCCAAGUGGAGGCUGAGAUGCAAUUAGCCAGAGCUGAGCGACAGGCAGACCGAGAGCACGAGCUCAACCUGCUCAGAGCACA